AGAGAGAGAGAGAGAGAGAGAGAGAGGUGACGCCUGCGUUUUUGUAGACGUCUUCCACAACCUUUAUGUUCAAAUCGAGAGAGCCGCGGCACCAUACCUCUGCUUGAGAUUGAGUCGGCUCUGUAUACUGUGCUGUACCUCUCGCUGUCAACACCGUGCGAAGUGUUGUUGAAUGAGAAACCGUUCUGGUGACCGCAAGAUUUUCUGGCUUCCCGGUCGCAGUACUGUUCAACUGGUGUACUUUCUUUGUUAAAAGGGAUGUGCGAGAAGGCUUAAUCUCACUUGAACUGCAGUGUGGGCGAAAGGUUGUUAAUCAUCUGAAAAAGCUGGCUGUGCGCAAGGAUUACAUACAGACUGAAGAGGAGGGAAAUACAACCAGGGGGAAGCUCAGAAAUUCACAAAGGAAUAUCCUCUUUGGGAAGCAGAAGGUGAUGGAACAGAGGAAGGAAAGAGAUUUGGUGAAGUGUGACUAAGAGAAGCACAAGAGACCACUUGAGGAUAUCAGAGGAGCCACAGAGGUCUUAUGCUUUACUUUUAACAAAACCAUGAGAUCGCGACGUAACCCUUUUAUAGAGCGGUAGUCACUUUCACCUUUGUAAUACAGCAUCGGCUUACUACAGAUACUACUCCAACUUCAUUUCAACAAGAGUGCCGAGUACAAGAGAUGACCCGGGUCCUGUCGAUGAAUACACUCGGUGACCACACUGCCCCUGCAGGAGACUCCGAAAUCCCAGGGUUCCCGUCCCAUUGGGAGUCACAGCGCUGCAGCAAGGGCUGCAUCUCCGGGCCUGUUCCACUAGAGUGUGCUGCAGGACAAUUGGCCGGAGAAUCCCAUUACCAGACACCAGAUCCUGUAGCCACGUCGAGGAUCACAUACUUCAAACGGAAGUAUGUAGAAGACGAGGACUCCCACCCAGUCCUGUACAACUGCUGCCAGAGAAUGACGCCAGCCUUCGAGGAGCGGGCCCACGUGCUGCGGGUGUCUUUGGACAAGUUGCGUUUCAUCGAGGACCCCGAGGCCUUCCUGCGGCGCUCUGUCCUCGUCAACAACCUACUGAGGAGGCUGCGGGCCGAGAUCCUGCUACAGAGCGACUGGUGCUUCUCCCCUCCGCCCCCUGCCUCUUCUCCAUCGGCCAGCCAUUGCCCCUGGGAGAACCCAGCCACUCGGGCCUGCUUCACCAGCAUACCGCCCGUCAAGGGACACUACCGCAAACGAUUCCGCGUGAGCCGGGGAGAGGAGGAGCGCUUUGAGCACUGCUGCUGUUUCUACGGGGGCCGCUACCUGCGCUUGCCCUUCUCUGUGUGUGAUGAAGCUCCUUCCUCUUCAUCAUCAUCAUCAUCAUCGUCUUCCUCCUCUUCCUCCCCACUCAUCCGUCAGCUGCUUCCGAUGGAGGGCGAGGCCAAACUGCAUGCCUUUUACCCUUGCCUCAACCUACCAGGACCUGGAAAACUAACAGGGGAACAUGAAGCACCAAAGUAGGACAGGACAUGCACUUCUGUAGGUGAGCCUGGGGUGGCUAAAAUAUUGGAUGUGCAACAAGAGGAAGCUGGGAGAUGCUAUGGAACUGCAGGCCACUCAAGCUGAAAAUGACAUAUUACAGAAAUGGGUCAGGAGACUAAGGUCUGCUGCAGCAUUGGGAGAAAAAAGGUAAAGAUAGCAGAUUCUCUUUUGAUAAAACACUUACUUGUUUCAGAAGCCAUUUGUUCUUAAGACUGAAAGGGAUGCAGUGUGCGAAGCACUCGCAUUUCAAUAAUCCAGAGUGUUAUUUGCAGAUUUUUUGCUAGGGAUGGUUUCCCAAGAUCUGGAGAUGUAAUAGCAGAAUUAUUUACAUUGAAUGAAAAUGAAACCUAAGUAAUGGGAUCACAAAAUAAGAGGCUUGUUGGAUGCAGAUGAUGGAUUGACAAUACAUAAAUACAACAUGGUGCCUUAUGAUUGUAAAAAAAAAAAAAAAAAAAAAAAAAAAAAGUUUAAAGAUGUUUAAUUGUUUUGGAAUGGCUUUAUGUGCAUGUUCAGUAAUGGGUUUAUAUAACACUGGGGGAUAUUAUGAGGACCUUUUGAUGUUGUUUCUUAGGGAUGUGAAUACCUGGUAAAUAGACCCUUGGGGUGUCUGAUUCCCCAAAACAAAACUAAAGGACCACUUAAUUGCUGUUUGUAAUGCCAAUGUUUCAGAAGCUAAAACAGUGUGAUGCAUUCAAGUAUAAGUCCAUGAUAAUGAACAAAUAACAACUGUAAUUAGGGGGUCUGCAGUACAAUGGAAUAUUGUAUUUUAUUUUAUUUGGGCAGGUUGGUUUGGGGUCCUGGAGUUUCUUGUGCUAAUUCAUAGACAUUCCAUAGACAGGAAUAGGCCCGGUAUUAUGUCAUUGGGACUUGGACUUGAAAAUACAAGAUUUCAGUGGGAAGCCCUUAAAACAAUUGGAAUGGAAUUUCGUUGGGAGUAAAAUCUGAACAUAUUUUCUAGUUAUUUUCAAGUUAUACAGAAAACAAAAAAAGAUUCAUAAUUAAUUCAAGGAACAACAGCUAUUCCAAGAUACUGACGAACAUUAUUUUAAAGGGUUAAUCUUAAAUGCACCUCUCAGGAUUCAAAUAACAAAAUCACAGCGCUGUGUUUUUUAUUUUAUUUUUUAAUUCUUCCUGUAUGUGAGACACAUUGAGAGGUUCCAAAGACCACUCAAAGUCUUUCCAGUGGUGUGAGUUGGGUUCAAUAUUCAGAAUUCAUAUUACAAAUUCUGAAUACCUUUUGUACAAAAACCAAGAAACCUGGGUUUACCCCUUUAUUAACUUGUUAGGUAAUGAAUACAGCUGGAUUUAGUCUCAGGGUCUUGCUGACUGUAUAAACAUCUGUUAUUAUAUAUUGUAUUGACACAGGACAGAACAACUGAGAUGCUGAUGCACUUUGUUAGCUAUUGCUUUUUUGUUAACCUAUUUUGGAAUUUAGUCAAAUUUGCAAGACAUCUCUGCAUUUUACAAAAUAAAAUGUACAUAUUCUUUUUACUGGAAGUGGGCAAUGCAAUUAUUAACUUCUUUUCUGAAAGAUAUCUACAGUAUUUACACUAUACUGAGGCCAACUUUGGGUCUCAAGAGGGUGGUGUAUUCUGUCAAGCUACCUACACCAUUUCUUCCAGCACCUGAUAUUACGAGGAGUAGCUGGUACAGACCAAUACUGCCCAUGUCAAAGUAUGUCAAAGUAUGUCUGUCAAAGUGUAUUAACGCUUAGCAAAAGCAUGGUGAAACCCAUAGAGGUAGAAUAAAUCAUAUUAAAAAAAUAUGACAAACCAUGUUAAACUGGUAAAAAUGAAAAAACAUAGGAAAACAGCAAAAUGACAAAUUUAAUUUUGUGCAAAUUUAACAUGGUAAACUUGUAUAAGGUUGACAACACUGGUGACCUACUGAGAUGGCUAUAUUUCACUACUUAUGACAGAGGGUAAGGGUGUAUUUUUUUACACAGAGGGUGGUAAAUGGAUGGAAUUGGUUACUAAGCCACAUUGAAUCAUUGGGAUCCUUUAUGGUCAGCUACUAGCAACCUGGCAAGCAUGGUCUCUUCUCGUUUAUAACUUUUCUUAUCUACUUAUGUUAUUAAUUCAUGUUUAUAAAAUACAUUUUUAAAAAAGCCUGCAUCCCUUUCAUAAAAUGUAAAUGUUAUUAGCCAGGUUAUAUGGUAUCAUUAUGGAAACCAAGUCUGUAUGGUGUAUAUGAAAAUAAAUGUAAUGACAAUAAUAAUAAAAUAUUGUGUUCGAAUGCAUUUU